AUGUCUUUUUCAUCUCCAUCUCCAUGUCCUUCACCUUCCUCUCUUCCCACCUCUUCACUUCCAUGUCCAUUACCAAAAAGCCUUUGCUUCUGUGAAACCCAUCAACGAAUGUUGGUUCCACAUGUGACACUUCCAAUCUCUACUAGAAACUCUUCACAAAACACACCAUCAAGGCCUCACAAUCCUGUGAACAAGACUGCUAGGUCAUGCACCCAAAAAGUUUCUAAUUGGAUCAAUAAAAAUGGGACCAACUUGGUUCACCAAAACAAUACUUUGCCCAUCAAAGAACCAGACAACCUUAAUUUUGGCAAGGAAAACAGUAGAUUACGAAUCCAAUAUUUGGUUUCAAGAAUUAAAGCGUCACCCUCUCAAAGAAUCAGAAUUAUGGAAAUUAUUCACAGAGAUGGUGGUUUUCAAACCAUAUCUGACUUCAAUGAUCUGCUCAUGGCUUUAGUCAAAGCAGAUGAGCCUGACCUUGCCUUGAAUGUGUACUCCAAUUUAUCAUCCUAUAAGUUGGUGCCAAAUUGUUUGACACAUUCCACUAUGGUCUGGUGUUACUGCAAGAAAAAUGACCCCAUUGAGGCCAAAAGGGUUGUAGACCACAUGUUUGAUAAUGGGUUCCAACCAAAUGUUGCAACAUUCACUAUUCUGAUCAAUACAUUCUGCAGAAGAGGGAGAGUGCAGGAUGCUUUUGAUGUUCUUGGAGUCAUGGGUGAAAUUUGCUGCGAACCAACGGUUGAGACAUACAAUUGUUUGCUAAAGGGGUUGUGUUAUGUGGGGAGGGUAGAGGAAGCUUAUGAAGUGUUGAUGAAUAUCAAGAAAUCUACCAUGAAACCGGACAUUUACACGUACACCACGGUAAUGGAUGGUUUCUGCAAGGUGGGCCGAUCAAACGAGGCGUUGGAAUUGCUUGAUGAAGCUCUAGAGAUGGGACUGACACCAAAUGUGGUCACUUUCAAUACUCUGUUUAAUGGGUACUUCAAGGAGGGGAGGCCACUGGAGGGUACUGCUUUGUUGAAGCAAAUGAAGGAUAGAGAUUGUUUGCCUGACUAUAUCAGCUAUAGCACUUUGUUGCAUGGGUUGAUGAAGUGGGGCGAAACUCGGGCAGCGUUGAGGGUUUAUGAGGAGAUGGUGGAAGCUGGUUUUGAAGUGGAUGAGAGGAUGAUGAACACUCUAUUGAGAGGGUUAUGCAGGAGAUUUCGGACAGAGGAGGAUCUGUCAAGGAAUGUUUAUCAAGUGCUUGAAAGAAUGAGGAAUGAUGCUUCUGUUGUUUAUGCUAGUACCUAUGGCCUAGUGAUUGAAGCCUUUUGCAUCAGGAAGGAGGUAGACAAGGCUCUAUUCAAUCUACAUGAGAUGGUAAGAGUUGGGUAUGCGCCAAGAAUGAUCACCUUCAACAAUGUUAUUCGAGCACUAUGCGUGGAGGGAAAAGUCAACGAGGCUUUGUCAGUUUUAGUUCUCAUGUACGAAGGGGGAAGAAUCCCCAAUAGAGUUUCUUUCGACAUUUUGAUUGAUCAUUUCAAUGGACAUGGAAGGUUGUGGGGUGCUUGUAAUUUAUAUGGAGCAGCACUGAAACAAGGUGUGAUUCCACAGAACAAGCCUAGAAAAUGUUCAGUUGAAAUAAAAGCUCAAAGUUGA